AUGAUCGCGUGGCUCAUUGCGGCUCCCAUCAACCUGGUCGGUCGGCUCGUCUUAGUCAUCGUCUUCAGGCUCAAGCAGUCCGAAGGUGGCCCCGACGUCACCACCAUCGUCGUCUUAUGUAUUGGUUUUGUUGCCUCUUUCUGUUUCUUCCUCGUCGUCUACUCCUAUAUCAAGGAAAUGAAGGAUCAGGAGUUUGCAGAACCAGCGGAAUUUCAUGAAAUCAACGAUCAGGAGCAUUCUGGAGAAGACCAACUGGUUGCUGUCGGCAUAGUUGCUGUCGGCGUGGUCGCCAAAGUCACUUAACAUUGGAAGACUUCACCUUUUUCUCCGACG